AUGUCCUGGCUCGGGACGUGGCUCGGCGUCGUGAACGACGUCAUGCUCCAGCGCCCGCACACGUGGCACCUGUACGCCGACCCCAAGCGCGCGUGCAAGUGGUCCGCCGUGGAAGGGAAGACGUUCGUCGUGACCGGCCCGACGUCCGGGAUCGGGACGACGACCGCGGAGACGCUCGCGCUCCUCGGCGCGAAGGUGAUCUUAGCGUGCAGGACCGUGUCCAGGGGCGAGGAGCUCGUGAAGGCGUUCGAAGCGAGGGAGAAGAAAGAGAAAGGGAAGUACGGCAGAGGCGUGAAGUGCGAGGUGAUGCAUCUCGAUCUGGACUCGCUCGAUUCCGUCCGCGCGUUCGCGAGCGCGCUCAACGCGCGAGAGAUUCCGAUUCACUGCCUGAUCAACAACGCCGGGGUGUUCGACAUGUCCGGCGCGCAUCGCUUCACGUCCGACGGGCACGAGCAGCACUACGGCACCAACUACCUCGCCCCCGCGCUUCUGUCGCUCCUCCUCCUGCCGUCGCUCAAGCGCGCGGGCGCGAGCUUGCGGGAGUUCGACGAGGCGUUUUCGUACACGUCCUACGGGAGAAGCCACGACAGCGGGCCCGCGAGGAUCGUGUUUGUGUGCAGCAAACUCCACGAGUUUUCCCACGGCGUGGAUCUCGAGGACGCGAACUUCGUGAACAGGAAGUACGGCGCGCGCGCGGCGUACGCGCAGAGCAAGCUCGCGGAGCUUCUGUUCGUUCGCGAGCUCGAACGGCGGCUGGGCGUGAACGACGACGGCGUCGACGUCAACACGGGGGAGAAGGCGCUGGUGCGGUCGCUCGCGGUGCACCCGGGGAAUAUCAUAACCGGCGUCGUUCGGACGUUACCUAAGUUUGUGCAGGUCGCGUAUAAGAUCAUAAUGAGUAACUUUUUGCUCACGCCCGCGGAAGGCGCGCGGGCGACGCUGUGGGCGGCGACGAGGGACGAGGCGCUCGUUGACGACUACGGAGCGUCGACGGGGAUCGCUCCGUACUUCACGUCCGACUGUCGCGCGAGGCCGCCGUCGAAGCACGCGAGGGACGACGACGCCGCGGCGGCGCUGUGGGCGAAGACGUUGGAGACGCUCGAUUUGCCCGCGGAUUUUGAUCCGAAGUCGAUCGGCGCGAGGGAGGAGAAACUCGCGAAGAAGCAAGCCGCGGCGGCGGCGAAGUUAAAGGCGCGACAGGUGAGGGGUUCAUGA